UUUAAUUAAGGAAGUCAAUAAUUAUUUAAUAAAUUAAAUUAAAUGACUUUAACAUAAGCUCAUCUUGAUAAUAUGGUCGAUAAUUCUAUAGACUCAGAAGCAAAUAGAUAUUGUGAUAUUAUUCCUUAUAAAAGUACAGUAGUUUAAGUAAGCGGAGAUUCUGAUAAAGAAAAAUACAUUAAUGCUAAUUAUAUAUAUACUACUUUCCCUUAUAGAUCUUCUAAUUAUUAUAUAGCUACUUAAGGCCCUUUAAAUUAAACAUUUGAUAAUUUUUGGAAAAUGAUAUGGGAACAUGAAUCUAGAGUAAUUAUAAUGUUAUGUAAAUUAAAAGAAGUUAAUAGACCUAAAUGCGAUUAAUAUUGGCCAAUAGGCAAAUAAAAAUAUGGAUAAAUAACAGUUGAAAACUUAGGAGAAAAAAAUGGUAAAGACAAAGAAAUAACAAUUAGAAUGUUCAAAUUAACAAAAGAAGGAUAGAACAAUGAAUUAUAAGUUGAAUAAAUACACUGGGAAGGAUGGCCAGAUCAUGGAGUUCCUGAAAAUACAUAAGCUCUUUAAGAAUUAGCUGUAAAAGCCGCAUAAGAUUUUCAAAAUAAUUUAAAACCUACUUUACAUUGCAGUGCUGGUGUAGGAAGAACAGGAACUUUACUUUCUUGUACUUUUUCUUAUAUAGAACUAAAGAAAAUUUAUGAAAAUAUUAAGAACGAUGCAUAAAUUCAUAAAGAAUAAAAACAAGAAGAAUUUUUAAAAUAAUAAUUAAAUAUGUUUGAUAUUGUUAGAAAAUUAAGAGAAUAAAGAACUCUAAUGGUUUAGACCAAAGAAUAAUUUAAAAUGGUUUAAGGCUAUUUUAUGA